AUGAAGAGAAAACAUGACUGUCCAUCCAGCUCCGUGGUUAAGCACUAUGAUAUAACCAUCGACUAUGUCGACCAGCCAACCAAAAAAGAUCGGAAUUCCACAGUUCGACUCCCAGCAGCCUUUCUUCAAAAUGAACUGUGGAUGCUAGACAAGUGGGUUCUUAUGGCGCUCCAGUCGGUGAUAGACGGCAGUUGCGCCGACAAAACAUGCAUGGAAACUGACAAUAUCAACCAUCUCAACUUUCUCGUAUUUCUUGAUGCUCAAGGCAAGGAAUACAUCACUGAUAUACGUGACAUGUUUCCAAACACCUUCGACCUGCUAGUGUUUGUUUCGCUGAAUAUCAACGCUGAAAACUUUGAUACUCUGCGAAUUCACUGCUCCAGUACAGAAAAAUGCAAGGAACUAGCACUGUAUUUUAAUAUUUUGGACCCUCUUGGUGGUGGCACCUAUCCGCUCAACUAUUUGAUAGUCACAGAUUCAGAUCUGUUGGUAAGGUGUAAGUUACCUCUUCGUAUUGGAUGGCAUUAUGGGCCCCACCAGAGGUUUGGCGUGAGUCUUUCGGAGUUGCAAGGACUUAUCGAGGAGUAUUUGGAGUUUUUCACUCUCAACAGGUUCAGCAUCGCGUUUUAA